UGGUCGGAACGGACAGAGUGCGCGCGAGGAGAUGAAACCGUCGAGCCGCGUUUCGCACCGAGAGUGACGCGCACAGACACGAUACGGAAAAACUGAAGCGGUUUGAGGAACAGCCCUGACUGCGAGGUUUCGUUUUUUGUACGAGUUUUUGACUCUAACGAGACAUACUUUUCUUUGCUUGCGCAAUCCAGUCGCGUCCUCUCCACGCUGAUACGCGCGAUGCCCACAGAUUACGCGUAAUUUGUGAUUUCGUGAACUCAAUUUUGAGAAAUUUCAGGCGUUUCCAGUAGUCUAUACCUUUAUAAUUCGUUUGAAGCUUAAUAAGUUAUUUGUUUCGGUUUAAGUUCUGUAGGCCUUUGGGUUGUCAGGAUUAGGACAGAGGCCAAAAGAAGUGCAUUACAACAGAACUCUUCACACACCCUUGGGUGACAUCCCUUCACAUGAAUACAGAUUAGACUCCGUACAAAUGUUGUCAAGUGCAAAAUUGUACGGCUAAAGAUCUGUUUGCCCCUAUAAACCCGUCUGUAGGGGAAUGUUGCUGCGUAAAGACUCUUUGUCCCAUGCAGAGUAAAUAUUUCCUCUCCUGCUGUACUAAUAUCAAGGGUGUCUCGAGAAAAAAACGUAUGCUCAAAAAGGUUGUGUAUAAAAAGCAUACACAGUUUUAUUAAGGAGUGUAAAACAUGUCAGUCGACUUUGAAGAUUAAAGAUGAUCACUAAAUAUAAUCUGAUGUUAUUUCUGUGUUUCUCCUUUAGAUUAAGCCUGAUGCCACGUGCGGCUGUGAAAAUCAACUCAUGAAAAACAUCAUCUCAUGCAGUAUUUUUCAAUGGCUGGAUAAGUGUCACAUGCUCAACUGAGCGAUGCUGUGCAUCUUACUUUCCCAAGAUGGCCAAAUGUGAGCUAAUCGAACUACAGGACUUGACUCCAGAUGACCGUAUUGAGUUAGCGCCCCCUACUGGUCUUCCUCCCAUUUCGGGGCACACUCUGGAGAGAUGGGGCACGGAGAAGGCGGUACGUAUGGUGGGGGAGCGAGUGCACUUGGAAGACCCCGAUUGGUUGACGGGUACACCCGGACGGGGACACGACUUCCAACCAAGCAGUCAGACGCAGCUCAGCUGGUGCGACCUCUGCGGGGAGUUCAUAUGGGGCCUGUACAAACAGAGCCUUUGCUGCACACAUUGUCAAUACACCUGUCACUACCGCUGUCAACCCUUCAUUCGACUGGACUGCACCUUGACCUCUGACCUCAUCUGCGACCAAUCAAACUACUGCGAGGACACCAUUGAGACGGACACGAAUGUGGAUGAACAAGUGGACUGGAGGAAGCAGGAACUCUCCAGCAGCGAAAUACAGCAGAAGGUGAAGGAAUACAACGCUCAGGUCAACAGUAACCUCUUCAUGGUUUUGAACCGUGAUAGUUCGUACACUGGCUUUAUUAAGGUCCAGUUUAAGCUGGCCCGGCCCGUGUCCGUCCCGCCCCCACGGAGCGUAUCCUCGUCUUCUCAGGACGGCGGCUGUCGGGAGGACAAAGCACUGAAGCAUCGCACAUCGUUUUACCUGCCCAGAGAUACAGUCAAACACCUGCACAUCAGCUCCAAAACCAGGGCCAGAGACGUGAUAGAAGCCCUGCUGAAGAAGUUCACCGUGGUGGACAACCCGGCCAAGUACUCGCUGUUUGAACGCAGCGAGCGACAAAAUCAAGUGUAUCUGAGGAAGCUAUCAGAUGAUGCAAAACCACUUUUUCUGCGUCUGUGCGCCGGACCCAACGAGAAAGCCCUCAGUCUGGUUCUUAAAGAGAAUGAAACGGGGGAAGUUAAUUGGGACGCAUUCAGCUUUCCCGAACUGCAGAACUUCCUGCGCAUACUGCAGAGAGAGGAAGAGGACUACGUGCGGCAGAUUGUGAAGCGCUACGCUCUGGCGCGAGAAAAGAUGAAAGACGCCAUGAAGAACCUUGGCACGCCGGGCUGAAACGUACAUGGCCUGCUGUUCUUACCUUGAAAAAGGAAACAUACAUGCUCAUCCUAGAGCGGUUUGAGUACAAAGAGUGUGUGAAGUACCCCUCAGUCCACUGGGACAUGACAGGGCUGGGAAAUGCAGUGCGAGUGUGACUGUUGUGCGUAUGAGGAUCGUAUGCAGACUUUACACUGAAAGAAAUACUGGUGUCGUAGCUGGACUCAGUGGAAUGGCUGCUGUGGUGGAGUGACGUCUUUACUGUUUGAUAGUGGUGAAUGAAACAAUGCAGAGUUCUCUUACAGAGUAUUUUGAGAGGAAUAUAAAUGAAGUAUUUUAUUGUAUUAAAUGAUUGAGUCGACAGUAUAAGAUGUAGUGACAAUUAUAGUAUAUAAUUCAUGUCAUCAGAAAUGUAAUAUCAUUGUAUACAUAUUUGAUGCUAUUUUCUUGGAAUGAUAAAUAAAAAUUAUAAGAUUCUCCUCAA